GAUGUAAACUCAGGCAAUGCCUAGCUCUCCUGCUCCCCAACCUCAUCACACAUAUUUUUCUUAUUACCCACCUUUGUCUUGUUUUCUAAUUCAAGCAUAUGCCAUAGUUUUCCAUGUCUUUGUGUCUAUUAGGAUUGAAGGCUCUUGACUUAGAAAAGAGUGGACUUCGAAAUUAGACUUGCCAGGUUGGAAUGCUGGCCCUUCUACUGACUACUCCUUUGUCAAAGGCCUUAACCGUCCUGUAUCUGACUUUCUCCUCUGUAGAAAGGGAAAGACAGGUGGAAAGGAUUGUUGACAAAAGGAAAAACAAGAAAGGAAAGACAGAGUAUCUGGUGCGUUGGAAAGGCUAUGACAGCGAGGAUGAUACGUGGGAACCGGAGCAGCACCUGGUGAACUGUGAGGAAUACAUCCAUGACUUCAACCGGCGCCACAGCGAGAGGCAGAAGGAGGGUAGCCUGGCCCGUGCCAACAGAGCCUCCCCCAGCAACGCCCGGAAGCAGAUCUCCAGGUCCACUCACAGCAACCUCCCUAAGACCACCCCCAAAGCACUUGUGGUAGGCAGAGAUCAUGAGUCUAAAAACAGCCAGCUGUUGGCUACCAGCCAGAAGUUCAGGAAAAACACAGCCCCGUCUCUUGCAAACCGCAAGAACAUGGACCUCGCCAAGUCAGGGAUCAAGAUUCUCGUGCCUAAGAGCCCUGUAAAGGGCAGGACCUCGGUGGACGGCUUUCAGGGGGAGAGCCCCGAGAAGCUGGACCCUGUGGAGCAGGGUCCCGAGGACACCAUAGCACCAGAGGUGACUGCAGAGAAGCCCAUUGGAGCUUUGCUGGGCCCUGGUGCAGAACGAGCCAGGAUGGGGAGCAGGCCCCGAAUACAUCCACUAGUGCCUCAGGUUUCUGGCCCUGUGACUGCUGCCAUGGCCACGGGCUUAGCUGUUAAUGGAAAAGGUACAUCUCCGUUCAUGGAUGCGCUAACAGCCAAUGGAACAGCCACCAUACAGACGUCUGUUACAGGAGUGACAGCCGGGAAAAGGAAAUUUAUUGACGACAGAAGAGACCAGCCUUUUGACAAGCGGUUGCGUUUCAGUGUGAGGCAGACAGAGAGUGCCUACAGAUACAGAGAUAUUGUCGUCAGGAAGCAAGAUGGCUUCACCCACAUCUUGUUAUCCACAAAAUCAUCAGAGAAUAACUCACUAAACCCAGAGGUGAUGAAAGAAGUCCAGAGUGCCCUGAGCACGGCUGCAGCCGACGACAGCAAGCUGGUGCUGCUCAGCGCUGUGGGCAGUGUCUUCUGUUGUGGUCUGGACUUUAUUUAUUUUAUACGGCGUCUCACGGACGACAGAAAGAGAGAAAGCACUAAGAUGGCAGAUGCUAUCAGAAACUUCGUGAAUACUUUCAUUCAGUUUAAGAAGCCUAUUAUUGUAGCUGUUAAUGGCCCAGCCAUUGGACUAGGAGCAUCCAUAUUGCCUCUUUGUGAUGUGGUUUGGGCUAACGAAAAGGCUUGGUUUCAAACACCCUAUACCACCUUCGGACAGAGUCCAGAUGGCUGCUCUACCGUUAUGUUUCCCAAGAUUAUGGGAGGAGCGUCUGCAAAUGAAAUGCUGCUCAGUGGGCGUAAGCUGACGGCUCAGGAGGCGUGUGGCAAGGGCCUGGUCUCCCAGGUGUUUUGGCCAGGGACCUUCACCCAGGAAGUCAUGGUUCGCAUCAAGGAGCUGGCCUCGUGUAACCCAGUUGUCCUGGAGGAAUCCAAAGCCUUGGUCCGCUGUAACAUGAAGGUGGAGCUGGAGCAGGCCAACGAGAGGGAAUGUGAAGUGCUGAAGAAGAUCUGGGGCUCCGCCCAGGGCAUGGACUCCAUGUUGAAGUACUUGCAGAGAAAAAUUGAUGAGUUUUGAUUGGCAGACUGAGCAGGACAUCAGUGGCUCCCCGUUGCCACAGUCAUCCUCACCAGUAGCUCAUGCUUGGAAGCAGGACUGGAAACACCCAAGCUAUUUAUUACCGAGGAGUUUUUAAGUACUGUAACUUUAAAAUAACUACAAAGCUUCUUUGUCCAAA